AUGGCAGCAUUUGGAGGGCAAACGCCCACAAUCAUUGUGUUAAAAGAAGGCACCGAUGCAUCUCAGGGCAAAGGCCAGGUUCUGUCAAACAUCAACGCAUGCCUGGCAGUGCAGAAUACGAUCAAGACCACUCUAGGACCUUAUGGCGGAGAUUUACUACUCGUGGAUGCCAACGGCAGGCAGACCAUUACCAACGAUGGCGCCACUGUCAUGCGCCUGCUCGAUAUCGUCCACCCAGCGGCCCGGAUUCUGACAGACAUUGCACGCUCGCAAGAUGCCGAAGUGGGCGACGGUACGACGAGUGUGGUUGUUCUUGCAGGGGAGAUCCUGAAGGAGAUCAAAGAGCAGGUUGAAUUGGGCGUCAGUACACAGACUAUCAUCAAAGGCUUGAGGAGAGCGUCACAGAUGGCUAUCAAUAAGGUCAAGGAGAUCAGUGUCAGUACGAAUGAAGGGAACAAGACCGAGACCUUGAAGAAGUUGGCUGCCACCGCCAUGAGCAGUAAACUGAUCCAUCGCAAUGCGGGCUUCUUUACAAAAAUGGUCGUCGAUGCCGUCCUCUCACUAGACCAGGACGAUCUAAACGAGAAACUUAUUGGCAUCAAGAAGAUCACAGGUGGCGCACUGGAAGACUCGCUAUUCAUUGACGGUGUGGCGUUCAAGAAGACUUUUUCAUACGCAGGCUUCGAGCAACAACCCAAAUCAUUCAAGAACCCCAAGAUUGUGGCCUUGAAUGUCGAAUUGGAGUUGAAAGCGGAGAAAGAUAACGCAGAGGUGCGGGUGGAGCAGGUUUCAGAGUACCAGGCCAUUGUGGACGCGGAAUGGCAGAUCAUAUACAACAAGAUGGAAGCCCUAUACAAGACCGGUGCCAAGGUUGUGCUCUCACGCUUACCUAUUGGCGAUCUCGCCACACAGUAUUUCGCCGACAGAGAUAUCUUCUGCGCCGGAAGAGUGGCCGCCGAAGAUCUGGAAAGAUUGUGCCAAGCCACAGGUGCUACGAUGCAAUCGACAUGCUCCGACAUCCUACCGUCUCAUCUGGGUACCUGUGGUGUGUUUGAGGAACGUCAAAUCGGUGGUGAAAGAUAUAACCUGUUCAGCGACUGCCCAGAGGCCAAGACAUGUACCUUGGUCCUGAGAGGUGGAGCCGAACAGUUCAUCGCCGAAGUGGAGCGGUCACUACACGACGCGAUCAUGAUUGUCAAGCGGGCUCUGAGAAAUAAUACGAUUGUGGCGGGUGGUGGCGCCACCGAAAUGGAAAUCUCCGGCUACCUGCACCAAUUUGCAGACAAGAAUGUGCCCCAUAAACAGCAAGCAAUUGUCAAAGCAUUCGCAAAAGCAUUGGAGAUCAUUCCCCGACAGCUGUGUGACAAUGCCGGAUUUGAUGCGACAGACAUCCUGAACCGACUGAGGGUGGAACAUCGCAAGGGAAAUACGUGGGCUGGUGUGGAUUUUGACCUCGAAGGAGUUCGCAACAACAUGGAAGCGUUUGUCUGGGAACCGGCUUUGGUGAAGGUGAAUGCCAUUUCUGCCGCAGUGGAAGCGGCGUGUUUGAUUCUGAGUGUGGAUGAGACGAUCAAGAACGAAGAAAGCCAGCAGCCUCAAGCACCCCAAAGAGGUCUUCCCCCUGGAGCAGCACAGCGAGCACUGAGAGGAAGAGGGCGAGGAAUGCCCAGACGGUGA